AUGAGCUCACAGAGAUCCUCGAAACCCCCGAACCAAACGGCGGCCCCAAGAACAUCUUCGUCCUCACUCGCCUCCCAUCUGGCCAUGGUGGAGCUGAAGCAGCGGAUACUCACCUCCCUCUCCAAGCUCUCCGACCGCGACACCCACCAGAUCGCCCUCGAGGACCUCGAGACCAUCAUCCUGUCCCUCUCCAGCGACGGCGUCCCCAUGCUCCUCAACUGCCUCUACGACGCCGCCGCCGACCCCAAGCCCGCCGUCAAGAAGGAGGGCGUCCGCCUCCUGGCCGUCCUCUGCGCCAACAACAAGGCCGCCCAGGGCGGGGCCGCCUUGUGCCUGGCCAAGAUGGUGGAGUGCGCCUCUGACCCGCCGUUGAAUAUUUUCCAGAAGCUCUGUACGAGGGUCUGCAAGUAUCUCAAUAGUACGAAUUUCACGGCCAAGGCUUCUCUUUUGCAAGUCGUGUCUAGUUUGUCCCAGGUAGGAGCAAUUUCACAACACAGUUUGGAACCAUUACUUCAGAGUAUUCACGGAUGUCUUAGCAGUGCAGAUUGGGCGACAAGGAAAGCUGCUGCCGACACAUUAAUUGUCAUAUCUUCAAACUCUGGCAACAUAACUGCAGAAGUAGCUGUUUCCACUUUGAACGCACUUGAGGCUAGUCGAUUUGACAAGGUAAAACCAGUUAGGGAGAGUAUGACUGAGGCUUUGCAAACAUGGAAGAAACUUUGUGGCAAAGGAGAUGGAUCUUCAGAUGAAAAUAAAGCUUCAUUUCAUUAUGGCGAUAAUUCUGAAUCUGGUGACCCAUCCAACCGAAAAGACCUCAGUUCUGGUGAUAGAGAAAGUGCAAAAUCAGUGAAUGAUUCACCCCAUGGCUCGUCUCCGACUGAUUCUAAUUCAAUCGCCAAAGGCAACAACAUUUUGGACAAGGCAGUCGGGAUCCUAAAGAAGAAGGCACCAGGACUAACAGACAAGGAAUUGAAUCCCGAGUUCUUUCAGAAACUUGAAACCAGAGUUUCGGAUGAUUUACCUGUAGAAGUGGUUCUUCCUCGUCGAUCCGCCAAUCCUUCAAACCCUCAAAAUGAGGAGUUGCAAUCAAAUGCAGAUCAAAAUGGGUCCGGGAUUAACUGCCAGGCUGAUGAUGGAGCCUCCAGAACGAGACAGGGAAGCAGGGAGAGACGAGAUAUAGGUGAUUAUAAUAACCGAGACACUUCAAAUGCUUAUCCAGAUUUUUCGAGAACUCACAGACAACCGGAGGGAUUUAUGAACAACAAAGGAAACUGGAUGGCUAUCCAGAAACAGCUGUUGCUGCUCGAGAGACAACAGGCCCAUCUCAUGAAUAUGCUGCAGGUGAACAUUCUAUCUGGGCCUUCGGCUAGGUGCGUGUGGCAGGCUUCGAAAGAUGAGGCCACUUUGGAAGCUAUUCGGGUGGCUGGGGAGGACAAUGGAGUCAGCCGGGUUGCUCGGCGGGUGGCUAAUAUUCCUGAGAGAACAGCUGAGGCAUUACGAGAUGAUGAUGAUGGGGUUCAGGAGCGGGACCCGGUUUGGACUGCUUGGAGCAAUGCAAUGGAAGCAUUUGACAAUGGGGACAUGGAUACUGCUUUUGCCGAGGUUCUCUCCACCUGUGAUGAUGUCUUGCUCAUGAAGCUCAUGGACAGAUCGGGACCUGUCUUGGACCAACUGUCAGGCGAGGUGGCUAACGAGGUUCUCAAUGCUAUUUCCCAGUUGCUGAUCACGGACCACAACUUUUAUGACAUGUUCUUGUACUGGAUUCAGCAGCUAGCAGAUAUCGUCAUGGCAAAUGACCCUGAUGUGCUGGUUAUCCCAACGAAAGUAAAGCGGGAUAUUCUACUUAAUUUACACGAAGCGUCUUCACUCAUCGAGCUUCCUGAGGGCUGGGAUGGAUCACCUCCAAAUCAACUCCUAAUUCAGCUGGCCUCAGCCUGGGAGAUCAAUCUGGAAAAUUUUGGCAAGUAG